AUGAAAGUGAAGUCCAUUCCAUCAAUAACUUCCUUCCACAAGCAUGGAAUGAUCUCUCAAGUAAACACUCCUCAAAAGAAACAAGAUCAUGUUGAAACCAAUAAUCCUCCAAAACAAGCAUCAUUGAAUCAUCAUGAUCAUCAUCCUCAUCAUGUCAAAGAUGAAGAUCAAGCCAAGGGAUCAUGCAAAGAGAAUCUCGAACUCGACUCCAAACCUAAUAAUUUCGCCUUCAAGCCCAAUUCCUCAACUAUUACAUUGCCUCCGGGGAGUUCCGAGGGAGCAAUUCUCUAUACCACAAGCCUGAGAGGAAUAAGGAAGACAUUCGAGGACUGUGGAAUAAUAAGAUUCCUUCUCGAGAGUUUCAAGGUUACAUACCAAGAAAGGGACGUUUCAAUGGAUAUGAAACUCCGAGAGGAGCUUUGGAAUAUCUCGGGGGGACAAAGAAUGGUUCCCCCGAGAUUGUUUGUAAGAGGAAAGGACAUUGGAGGGGCGGAUGAAGUGGUUGGAUUACAUGAGCAAGGGAGACUUUGGAAGGUUCUUGAAGGGUUGCCAUUGAAACAAUCAAACAAGGUGUGUAAUGGAUGUGGAGGAGUAGGGUUCUUGAUUUGCUUGAGAUGUAAUGGUAGUAGAAAGGUUGUUCAUGAUGAUGAUGAUGUGUUUGUUAGAUGCCCAGAUUGUAAUGAAAAUGGGCUUUUGAGAUGUUCUAUUUGUUGUUGA